AGCAAAGAGCAGUUCGUCUCGAGACUGUAAUCCUAUAGUAAUUAUAUUAUUGUACGUAUGUGUGAAUUCAAUACAUCAUCUAAAUAGGUCGUAUACCACGAGGGUACACACAGUUAAGCGUAUUUGACUUGGAUGCAAACUUUUGGUCGCACUACGCUCACUGCGCACGUUCCCUUACCAGGAAGAAGCCAGAAGCAACAGAUGAGAUACUUCACCGUGCUGCAGAGCAGAAACAUUUCGUCCACCUGGUUUCGGCGAACGCGUGUUUGCAAUAGUUAUAGGAAUCUGCUUAUUUGGAAUUUGGCUGAGACAUUGGUACCAAUUCUUGCUUUGAUUCUCUUCACUCGAAGUUUUGGAGUCAUGGUCACGCGUGCUGCCAGUGUCUAGAGUUUGCUUCUUUUCCCAGCUACGGGAGGUCAAGAUCAAGUCCUGCCUGGUGAAGAACACAUCACUGUUGGGUUCUGAUGGCAGAGAAUCUUCCGGCUGGGUUGCUGGAAGCUUGUGUGGUCAUUGGAGCUGACAGCGAUAAGCUGAAACAAGUUUACCAGGAAAGGGAGUUCCCGGUGGUAGAUGCAGAAGUCCUGCAGGUGCAUGCUCCCCCCUUUGUGGUGAAGGAGGCUGCAGGGGCGGCCCCGGGGCCCAACACUAUCAGCAGGGUCCAGCGACGCCGCUCCUUCAUCAAGAGGAAGAGGGAGAGACACAGGGGACCUCCAGGCGAAGAAGAUGACGUCAAAAACGGCGAAGGCGACACCAACAACAUCAGCGUUCCAACGGACAUUGACCUCGUGGCCCUGCCCCAGCUCUGCUUCCCUGGAGGCCUUCAGAUAUCAAAUGACUCAAGAGAAGACUGCUUCCAUUUCCUGGUUUUCACUGAUGUAUUUGGCAACCAGACACAUGGGGUGGUGGUUCAGUAUUACCGGCCUGUACAGUUCUCCAAAGACAGUACGCUGCAACAAAAUGGAGACUGGCCUUCGUCAAAGUCGCCAAGACUAUACAGCCCUUUUGGGAUCUGUGUCAUAUCCAAGUAUCCUUACUACAAUGCCCUCAGGGACUGCCUCUCAUGCCUGCUAGUGCAGCUGAGAACGUGUCGCACGAUGGACUUCGAGGAGCAGGUGAAGGAGUUCGCCUCCAGGCUGGCGCUGGUGCCCAUACCGCCUCCGGGACAGCUCCACGUGGCGUUUGGCCUCCGGCCCCUGCAGAUUGUGCUGCCCUCCAGAGAAGACAAAGAUAGCCCUGCUGUGGACCUGGAUCUCCACCUGCCCUUCCUGUGUUUCAAACCCAGACAGCUUUUACAGAUCGUCACCUGCAUCAUGACGGAGCAGCGGGUGGUGUUCUUCUCCUCGGACUGGGCCCUGCUCACGCUCAUGGCCGAGUGCUUCAUGCUGUACAUCCGCCCGCUGCUCUGGCAGCACCCGUACGUGCCCAUCCUCUCCAGCCAGAUGCUGGACUUCCUGAUGGCCCCCACUGCCUUCCUCAUGGGCUGCCACCUGCACAACUUUGAGGCUGCCACGGAAAUGGAGGACCUGGUUUUGAUCAACAUCGAUGAUGGAACGGUGUCGUACUCCGGUUCUGAUGAUGACAACAUCCCGGAAAUGCCGCUGGAAGCUACAGAGUGUUUCAUAAAACGGAGGGAGGGGCUUCGGGUGCACUAUGACCUGGAAGUCUGUCGCCUGGGGGCCAGCACAGACCUUAACGAGCUGCGGUCACAGAGGAGGCAGUGGCAAGAGAAGCUCAACAGAGAAAUCCAGGCUAUCAUGCUAGAGCUAAUUGUCAACAUCUUCAGGGAAGUCCAUGAUCAUCUCAAUUAUGAACACAGAGUGUUUAACAGUGAGGAGUUCCUGAGGUCCAGGGAACCCAAGGAUCAGCAAUUUUAUAAACAGGUUUUGGACACGCACAUAUUUCAUUCCUUUCUGAAAGACCGUCUGAACAGGAAGAUGGAUUCUUUCACACGCAUGGAGCUGACCACUCGCUCAGAGGCACAGAGGAUGAAGUUAUCGAACGACAGCCCCCGCAGACCUACCAUGCAGGAGAUGGCCCGCAAGCACUCCCUCCCCGAGCAUCGAAUGAGCAAACGCCUGGGCCCGAGCCUGCCCAGUCUGGGGCCGGAGAAUCUGCUCGGACCGCCCUACACGCAAGCCACGCUACAGAAACUCAUCCUGGAGAGCGGGUCCCUGAAGGUUUCGAGAACUAUUAAAACCUUCAAGCUCCCAGAGUUUCCCCCGCCGCUGGCAUAUCAGUACGUUCAGAACUACUACGCCGAGCUCAUCGGCCUGCUGGGGAAGGCCAUCGCCUCCGUGCCUCCGGAAAAUUCCACCCUGCUGGCCAGGUACUACUACCUGCGUGGCUUCAUGAACACCGUGGGCGGGAAGCCGGUGGACGCCCUGGCCGACUUCCAGACCCUGUGUAAGACGGACAUGGACAUCUUCCCCGGCGAGCUGGUGAAGGAGCUGGCCAACGCGCUGUCUCAGAGGGAGCGCGAGCAGGCGGAGCGGCAGCCUGAGAUCAGGCGCCUCCUCAGCAAGGUGAAGAAGGAGCAGGACGGCGAGCGGGGGCGCCGCGACGACGGCGUCAAGAAGUUCCAGCUGCCCACCACGCACAUGCGCCUGGAGGACUUCGUGAAGCGCGUCCAAGAGUCCGGGAUAGUCAGGGAUAUCGGCACCAUUAACCGCCUUUUUGAGGCGUUGACUGUAGAAUCAUUUAAGGGUUGCUUGGGUGGGCAAGGUGCGGACACAACAAUGGCGCCUUCUUCCAAGUCUGUGUUUUACAUUGAUUCCUGUCUUGAUGGUCAGCUGAAGCAGGUUGACCCGGAAGUGUUCCGCCUCUUUUACACCUUUUGGAAGGAGACCGAGGCAGAGGCACAGGACGUGCACCUGCCCGCCAGCGUCAUACAGCACCUGGACACCAACGAGUGCGUGUAUAAGCUGUCCUGCUCCAUCAAGACCAGCCAGGGAGUGGGAAAGAUCGCCAUGACGCAGAAGAGGCUCUUCCUGCUUACCGAGGGCCGGCUGGGCUAUGUGGAGAUCACCAAGUUCCGAGAUCUUGAGGAGGUGAAAAUAUCCUCUGCGCCCUUCCUGCUGCUGAGGAUACCCUCACUGAAGAUCAAGUGUCAGUUGAAGAAGGAGAUGUUCGAGGCCAACCUCAAGUCUGAGUGCGACCUCUGGAACCUGAUGGUCAAGGAGAUGUGGGCCGGGAGGAAGAUGGCCGACGAUCACAAGGACCCACAGUACAUGCAGCAGGCCUUGACCAAUGUGCUUCUCAUGGACGCUCUGGUUGGCUGCCUGCAGUCACAGAAGGCCAUCUUCGCCGCCUCUAAGCUGGCGUACUUUGACAGGAUGAAGCUGGAAGUACCUAUGAUGGUGCCAAAAACGACAUCUGAGACGCUGAAGCACAAGAUAAACCCCUCCCUGGACCAAAUCUCCCCACAGGGCGUGGACGUCUUGCUCUACACACCUGGUCAGCUGAGCUCCGACCCGGAUGGGGACGGGAACCCCAAGCUGUGGUGCGCACUGAAUGAUGGGAAGGUGGUGGUGUUCGAUGCAGCCAGCUGGUCCAUGCAGCAGAACUGCAUUCAAGUGGGGGUUUCCCAACUGAAUUGCAUGCUGGGAAUGGACCUGCAUCAGGUAUGGAUUGGCUCCCAGGACUCGACAAUUUACAUCAUCAAUGCCCGCAGCAUGUCCUGCCACAAGCAGCUGACGGAGCACCACAGUGAGGUCACAGACUUCGCCCUGGAGGAGAGGAGUGACAAAUACAGCCCAAUGCAGGCUUACUCCUGCAGUAUAGAUGGGAUGAUUAUAAUCUGGGACGUGUCCACACUCCAAGUGAAGAAGCAGUUUCGGCUGACCUGCGACAGGCUGCAGUCCAUUCAGCUCUCCAGCGGAACACUGUGGUGCUGUGCCAGAGACUGCGUCGUGGAGCUGAGGAAGAACGGAGUGGUGCAUCGGAGGGUGUCUCUUCCGGAACAACUCCAGAGCAAGCCCGCUGGGUUCAGCGGCUUCACCUUCCUCACUGAGAAGGACCAGGUGUGGACCGGCUGUGCAGAUGUGGCAGAGCUGUGCAUAUGGGACACCAGGGACCUGUCCAAACCUUACCAGAGGAUUCCGCUGGCAGACUGCAAGGGCGUCACCUGCAUGAUCAGAGUCAAGAACCAGAUCUGGGUGGGCUGCCAGGGAUUGAGCUACGGGAAGGUGCGGGGGAAGAUCUACGUGGUGGACAUGGAGCGGCUGAGCGUGGAGAAGGAGCUUGUCGCGCACACAGACAGCGUGCAGGCCCUGUGCUCGGCCGAGGACCGCUACGUCCUCAGCGGCUCCGCCAGCGAAGAUGGCAAAAUUGCCAUCUGGAAGGUGGAAUAAGAGCCUUCAGUCCUGGCGCUGCCCCCUGGUUUCCAGGAGGGCCGAGGACCUCUGCAGUUCAGAAGAUGUGAGGUAGACACGGAGCAUUUCAGAAAUAUGCCAGAAAAUACAGAUAUCUACCUGAUACGACUCUUCCUGGACCGUUAUUGUUAUGUUGGGGAAGUUUGUUGGCAGUGUUUUCUGUGCACUACUGCACCCAUAUUAAAGACACUGUCUCAUCUGCAUUACUGGAUCAAAUGGCCUCUUUGCUGCUGAUGGAGGCUGGACAUUGGUGUAUAAACUACCUGAACUGGAAGAACAAAGUACUACAAAGUACCCCCUCUCUCUCCUCUUUCACUUGCUCACUCACACACACACACACACACACACACACUUCUAUUUGCUUUCUUGAGUAUUAAACAUUUACUUUAUCAACUCCUCAAAUUAUGAUCAUAGAUCACAAUGAGUACUUUUAAGCCAUAACCUUUAUGUUUUGUGUACUUUGUACUCCCACAAAUAAAUGUAUCCAUUUUUGUGAACAUGAACAUUUCUCCAACUUCACCAGCAUUUAUGAAAAACAUUUGUUUUUAAGUAUACAUUUAAAGAUUUGUAUGUUGUGAAAUGUAUGUUUUGCUUGGUCCGGGGCUGGCAGUAAACUAUUGGUAGCCCAAGGAAAAUAAUUAUUUGGAGAUUGCGUUUCACGUUAUAUCCAUUUGUUGUUAUCCAAAUGUAUGUUAAUAUUGUUUUAUAUUUAUUCCUGUGUUUUAUUAUUAUAAGUGAAUAGUACUUGUAUUUAGACCAAAAUCUAUAUGAUAGUAUUCUUCUAGAAUUAUGGUGAAUAUUCUGUAUAGCUAUGCUUUUAAGCAAAAAUUAUAUUCUUGUAUUACUGUAUCAUUUUGAAAGCUGAAAGAAAGACCUAAUGGACUUCUCUCACUGAGCUGCUUUACCACUGGGGGGCAGUAGAGACCCUUUCAGCCAUUUUAAGGACGUCCAUCCAGCCAUAUAAAAUAAAAGUAUUAGCAAGUGAAAUUCUUCAAAAGUAGCUAAUACAUAUGGUUUACUGUGAUCAUCAAUGUGUUUGCACAGGAAAUGCGUACCCAUUUAUGUCAUUAAUAUUUUUAAAUUGUCAUUGUAAUGAGGAAUGUG